CAAGUUAGUAUAAAUUCGCAUCGUACUCAUCCGUAUUUGCAUCAGUACCUGCAGGACUCGCCUACCGAUUCGACCGAGUAUCAAAUUACCAGCAAUUCCCGAUUCACUGAGCUCUGCAGCGCGGUUGGAUCCCUUCGCAAUCAUGAAGAUCUUCAUUAUAGCGGUAUUUGGACUCGUGGCGGUGGCCCAGGCGCAGUACAACAGGUACAACCCUCAGUAUAACUACAACACCAACGGGGGUAGAAAUUGGGCGAUCCUCAAGCAGAACCAGGACAGUUCUCCGGAUGGCUCGUACGCUUACAGCUACGACACGGAGAACGGAAUUUCCGUCGCCGAGCAGGGACAACCGAAGAGCUUCGGACCCGGCAACCAAGUCGAGGUGGUCAGAGGCCAGUUCAGCUAUUCGGCACCGGACGGCACCCCCAUAACAGUGACGUACUACGCAGACGAAACCGGGUUCCAUCCCAGCGGGGCCCACCUUCCGACACCGCCGCCAAUCCCCAGGGCGAUCCAGAAAUCCCUGGCCUUCAACGCCGCGCAUCCGGAGCCCCAGACGCCCUACAGGAGAUACUGAUACGGUGUGCCUGCAGCGAAAUUGAGGAACCGAGAACUCGCACCGAUCGCCCCGAAUCGCGACUCUAUGCCUACAUUUUAAGUCCGAGGCCAACUCCCCUCCUCCCACCCCUCCCCCGCCUUCUCCUCCCUCCUUUUCCCUUGCGAUCCAAUUAACCAAUUAACGAUGCCACAAUUAUUGCAAUUCGCGCGACUGUAUAACACCUAUGUUUAGCCCGCGAUAUUCAAUUGUUAUCUAAUUUAAAAAAUUAUCCAAUCAUUAUCUUAGACGAUAUGCCCCGUCGGAUUAUACGCCCGUCUUAUUUUCUUUUCAUUGAUUAACCCAGUGCAGUGAUUGUAUAAUUAUUAUUAUUUUUGGUAUUAUUGUAGUAUCCAUGCACGAAUAAAAACCUGGCAUAUGCAGUUUAUUUACAGUUA